AUGGGUGCUCACGAUACAGAAGGUAAAAGGGCGAGUCCGAGGAGUAGCCCUCCAUUACAAGAAAAGUCAGAUCUGACGGGGCAUGAUGAACAAGAUACAGAUCCAUCCCCCUAUGAUAACCAAGGCCUCUUACACGGCAACGCAGUAAUCGAAGCCGGCGGCAGCGACGAAGACGGUGAAUUCUCCGCCAGCGACUUUGAUCCUGACGAUUCAUCAAGUCUUCGCUCCUCCUCAACAUCCAUAAGCUCCAGUAUUCUCGAACACAGCUACCAAAACGGUCGUCGAUAUCAUCGCUAUCGCCAUGGCCGAUAUCCCUUGCCGAACGAUGAGGCAGAGCAGAAUCGUGAAGAUAUGCUUCAUGCGAUGAUGUUGGAGGCUACAGAUGGACGGUUAUUUUAUGCGCCGAUAGAUGAGAAUCCGCAGAGGAUAGCGGACUUGGGGACUGGUACGGGGAUAUGGGCUAUUGAGAUUGGUGAGAAAUAUCCAAGUGCUGAAGUAUUGGGAUUGGAUCUAAGUCCAAUACAACCGACAUGGGUACCUCCAAACGUCAAAUUUUAUGUGGACGAUAUCGAAGACGAAUGGCUCAACGGCGAUGACUUUGACUUUGUUCAUCUCCGUAACAUGAUCCCAAUCCUCAAAUCGCCUGUAACCCUCCUCAAGCAAGUUUAUGCGCAAGUCCACCCCUUCUAA